AUGUAUGCUCAAACCCUUCCAUUAACCAAACAUAUAGUGUACAAUCCACUAGCAAAUCGAGGUGAAAAAUUGUUGUUUGCUCCGAUAUUGAAAUCUGGGUUUUGUAAUUCAGCCAAAAGGGUGUUCGAAUCAAGAAUCAGUUUGAGAAAUUAUUCUAAAUUGGGUGGGGUCAGGUGUGGAGGGGGAGCACAUACGGAACAAGAACAAGAAGAGCAACAUGAUGAUGGGUAUUAUAUUAGGAGGUGUGUGGAGCUUGCUAGAACUUCAAUUGGCUACACCAGCCCUAAUCCUAUGGUGGGGUGUGUGAUUGUGAAAGAUGGGAAAAUUGUUGGUGAAGGGUUUCACCCAAAAGCUGGCCAACCUCAUGCUGAGGUUUUUGCACUAAGAGAUGCUGGGGAUUUGGCAGAAAAUGGGACAGCAUAUGUGAGUUUGGAACCAUGUAACCAUUAUGGGAGAACUCCACCAUGCACUGAAGCACUAAUCAAGGCCAAAGUGAAAAAGGUGGUGAUUGGUAUGGUGGAUCCUAAUGCCAUUGUAGAUUCAAAAGGGAUUAGGAAACUGCGAGAUGCAGGAAUUGAAGUGACCGUGGGAGUUGAGGAAGAACUGUGCAAAAAGCUUAAUGAAGCCUAUAUCCACCAAAUGCUGACAGGGAAGCCUUUUGUUACUCUGAGGUACUCGAUCACAGUCAGUGGUCAUCCUCUUGAUCAGCUUGAUGAUGAAGUCACAGAGCGUGGUGGCUACUAUUCGAAGUUGUUGCAAGAACAUGAUGCAAUCGUUCUUUCUUCUACAUCUUCAUUUACUGCAUCCAAGGAACCUGGGGCCAAUCAACCUCUUCAGAUUGUGUUAUCAAAAAAUCCAAAUUCCCAAAUUCAAACUCCCAAACCUACUGAUGAUUCCACUUCUAAAGUCAUAAUCUUCACCGAGAAAGAGAUGAAUGUAGAGCCAGAAACAAAUCAAAAAGGAAUUGAGACCGUAGUUUUUGAUAGGAUAAGUCUGAUUUCAGUUCUGGAACAUUGCAAGCAUCAAGGAUUGUGCAGUGUCUUGCUUGAUUUAAGAGGGGAUUAUGCAGAUUUUGAGGAUAUACUAAGAGAGGGUUUCGAACAGAACUUCUUCCAAAAAUUGGUGGUGGAGGUGUUGCCAAUUUGGCGUGGAAGUGAGGAAACGUCUUUGAAGCAUAUCUAUGUAGAAAAACGGGUGAAGAAUUUAACAUCCAUGGUCUCAGGUAAAAGCAUUCUGUUGGUGGGAUAUUUCGGAUGA